AUGAAGCCCGUCGUCAGUUCUAUGCAAGCUUGGUCUUGCGUGGUUAUUUCCGUCUUUGCAAUUGUCAUCCUCUCGAUUCUCGGCGGCCUCUACCGACACAAUCACCACGAAUUCAUAGGGGGCGCCGAAGACCCCAAAGACGGCCAAGCGGUUGCGAGCACCGUGUUUACCGCCGUUAUCGUAUAUGCUGCUUUCCUGGUAUUCUGCGGCCUUCAGGGCUUGUUACACCUACGUGAAAACCGACGGGGUGCUAUUGCGCUGUCGUAA